AAAUAACUCUGCUUAAAUAUUGCUUAUUUCUUUUUCUUUUACUCAUCCAAAUAAAUAAAGAAAUACCUAUAUUUCAUCAUGUCGACCAAAGUACAGAAGAUCAUGGUCCAGCCGAUCAACCUAAUCUUUAGGUAUCUACAAAACAAAUCUAGAGUGCAAAUUUGGUUGUUUGACAAGUCUGACAUGAGAAUCGAAGGUCAAAUUAUUGGCUUCGAUGAAUUCAUGAAUCUGGUAUUGGAUGAUGGUGAAGAAGUCAUGACAAAGGAAAAGACCAGAAGAACAAUAGGUCGUAUAAUGUUGAAGGGAGACAAUAUUUCAUUGAUCCAAUCUGUAAAUAACUAAAGACUCUUUUGGCUAUCAUUAUAACAAUCGAAUCGUUAUAGAACUGAUGUUUAUUGUGGAUUUUUCUUGGCUUAAAGGAGUGAAAAUUGGAAAGAGCCAAAAGUCUGUUGUAUUUUGAUAUACAAAGUUAAAAGAAGACAUGCAC